AUGUAUCGGACUUUGGACGAUGUGACAAGGUUGCUUGUGUUAAGCGUCAUCCAUGUUUGCCAUGUCGGCAAGAAAGCGGUGCCGGAAGAGGAUUCUGAAGAUGACCGUGGCCGCCAACUGGAGCGCGGCAAACGUGCUCGACCCCGUGCCAUGAGCACAAGGAGCCAAAGCAGCACUCCAAAGGCUAAGCGCCAAGGCGCCAAAUCCAAGGCCAUCAUCACCAGCAAUGAUGACAUGGAAUUGGACGAUGCGGCAGUGGCGGCGCCUGAGCCAGCACCGGCACCAGUCAAGGUGACCUAUCAAAGGUGUCCUCAAGCGGACAAGGGAAUCUGUUCCAACCCUGUCUCUGCCACAGAACCCAGCUAUGUGGAGAUUGAUGAGCUGGAUGAGGAGCAAUUGAUUGUUGGUCCAGCGCCAAAGAUGGGGGCGCCAUAUGUUGAGAUCCCACCUGCCCCAAAGGAUUGCGGCAAGGCUGCCAAUCCAGUCAGUGGACUUCAAGAGGACGACUACGCCAACUCCACCUCGCCGGUCUGGUCGCCUGGCUGCAGCAGCUGUGUGCAACGGCAGCUGAUUUGCUGCCAAGGCUACAACACUAGCCAUGACCCACUCACGGUGUGCGCACGCUGCCACCGCACUAAACACAAGUGUGGCGGUAAAGGAUCUGCCACCCCUGCAACAAGCAGGAGACCUGCUGCUAAUCACACUAGGUCUAAGUCACGCUGCAAGGCUUCCACGGUCAAUGUCACCACCGUCCCAGAUGAUCAAGCCGCUUCCUCAGGCGAUGUCGCCGCCACCACCACCACCGUCCUUUCCCCCACCGCCGCUCCUGCCACUGCGCAUGUUCCUGCGCCAGACAGCCAGACAGUUCUGGCGCUCAAGGAGGAUCUGGCAGUGCUGCAAACAAUGGUGGCCUCUUUAGUGGACAGGGUGAGUACUGGCGAGCAGCUGCUCCAGGAGGUCAACUGGCACCUUGCUGAGCAGGAGGCCAAUGCCCAGCUGCUGGCCGACCAGGUGGCCGCACUGCAGCGCGAGUUGAACUCCGAUGCUGAGUCCACGGCAGCGGAGAUUCUUCCUGUUGUCAUAAGGACAGAUGCCGCAGAGACGCUGGCUGCCGCUGCUACCGCUCUGCCUGAGGAUGAGUCGCCCCUCAAUAGUGGAGACUCAGCUAUUGAUGCGGUGGCAUUCAGAACAUUGCUGCAUGUUCUGCCGCCAGUGAUAAUCAAAUCCACCGCAACAAUGCUGGCAUAUCCGCUAUUGAACAUUGCCGCAGCAUGGUAUAUAACCUCACCUGGUCCUAACAUUGCCGCAUUACUGCAACACCCAGUGCAACAAUUGGUGUUCCUGGCUAUCAUGAAUGUGCCUGAUAAUCAAAUGCGCCACACUUGCGCCGCAUAA